AGCAGCGGCGGCCGGGGUUCGCGACGGCCGGGGCGGGGACCCUGCUGCUGCUGCUGCUGCUGCUGCUGCGGGGGGCAAGCGGAGGCGGCCCGCACCAGCCAUGCCGAAUAAAAACAAGAAAGAGAAAGAAUCACCAAAAGCAGGGAAAAGUGGAAAAAGUUCAAAAGAAGGACAAGACAUAAUAGAAUCAGAGAUUUCCAGUAGGAAAAACAACCUUCCUGCUACCCCGUCUCCAGCGUCCAGCAAAAUAAAAGUGCCAGCCCCUCAGCCCAUAGUGAGGAAGGACAGGCGGCAAAACUCCUCCAGGUUCAAUGCCAGCAACAACCGAGAACUUCAGAAACUGCCGUCUUUAAAAGAUGUUCCUCCUGCCGAUCAAGAGAAGCUUUUUAUCCAGAAGUUACGUCAGUGUUGUGUCCUCUUUGACUUUGUUUCCGAUCCACUGAGUGACCUGAAGUGGAAGGAAGUGAAACGAGCUGCUUUAAGCGAAAUGGUAGAAUAUAUCACCCAUAACCGGAAUGUGAUCACAGAGCCUAUUUACCCGGAAGUAGUCCACAUGUUUGCAGUUAACAUGUUUCGAACGUUACCACCUUCCUCCAAUCCUACGGGAGCAGAAUUUGACCCCGAGGAAGACGAGCCAACGUUAGAAGCAGCCUGGCCUCAUCUACAGCUUGUUUAUGAAUUUUUCUUAAGAUUUUUAGAGUCUCCAGAUUUCCAACCUAAUAUAGCGAAGAAAUAUAUUGAUCAGAAGUUUGUAUUGCAGCUUUUAGAGCUCUUUGACAGUGAAGAUCCUCGAGAGAGAGAUUUUCUUAAAACUACCCUUCACAGAAUCUAUGGAAAAUUCUUAGGCUUAAGAGCUUACAUCAGAAAACAGAUAAAUAAUAUAUUUUAUAGGUUUAUUUAUGAAACAGAGCAUCACAACGGCAUAGCAGAAUUACUGGAAAUCCUGGGGAGUAUAAUUAAUGGAUUUGCCUUACCGCUGAAAGAAGAGCACAAGAUUUUCUUGUUGAAGGUGUUGCUGCCUUUGCACAAAGUGAAAUCUCUGAGUGUCUACCAUCCGCAGCUGGCCUACUGUGUAGUGCAGUUCUUAGAGAAGGACAGCACGCUCACCGAACCAGUGGUGAUGGCACUUCUCAAAUACUGGCCAAAGACUCACAGUCCAAAAGAAGUCAUGUUCUUAAAUGAGUUAGAAGAAAUUUUAGAUGUGAUUGAACCGUCGGAAUUUGUGAAGAUUAUGGAGCCUCUCUUCCGACAGUUGGCCAAGUGUGUGUCCAGCCCACACUUCCAGGUGGCCGAGCGGGCGCUGUAUUACUGGAACAACGAGUACAUCAUGAGUCUGAUCAGCGACAACGCUGCGAAGAUCCUGCCCAUCAUGUUUCCGUCCUUGUACCGCAACUCCAAGACCCACUGGAACAAGACGAUACACGGUCUGAUCUACAACGCGCUGAAGCUCUUCAUGGAGAUGAACCAGAAACUGUUUGACGACUGUACCCAGCAGUUCAAAGCGGAGAAGCUGAAAGAGAAGCUAAAAAUGAAAGAACGAGAAGAAGCGUGGGUUAAAAUAGAAAAUCUAGCCAAAGCAAACCCCCAGGCCCAGAAGGAUCUGAAGAAGGACCGGCCCCUCGUGCGCCGCAAGUCGGAGCCGCCGCAGGACCCGCACCCCAGGAACACCUUGGAGGCUCACUGCCGAGCUGACCAGCUGCCCCCCCAGGAUGGGCGCUAGCCCCCCGCGGGGCCGCGUCGGGCCGGGGACGCCCGCACGCUCCCGGGGUCUGUAGAAAAUACACCCUUUUUGUGCCGUACGAGUCAGUCACACUCAGAGCCCGAGCUUCCCUUCGACCCCGCUCUGCAGGCAAUAACGACUUCUGCGUUGGCUCGAGAUUCGGAGUUCAAACAAUGGUGGCUUCUCAGAUGUGUCCGUGGAGCCCGGGGGCCACCGCGCGUCGUCCCCGCGCCGGCGCGGUCCCCCCAGGACGACUUCCCCAAAUCAGAGCUAAGGAGAGCACCCCAGACACCUCCACGUCCGGCCCUAAUGGGAUUCGCGAUCGUUGACGAGCGGUUCUGUGAUAAUAUCGAUGUGCUUCAAAUCAAAGGAACCCUUGAACACAAAGUAUUCCAUGUUUGUGGAGACUUUACAGCCUUCUCAGUUGUUUCCACGUGAUUGUUGCACUGCUAGUUAGUUUCUCUCUUCCUCUUCUCUAUCUCUUUCUUCCUCUUCUCUCUCUGUCUCUCCUUUUCAUCUCCUCAUUCUAACAUCCAUGCCAUCAUUCUAACACAAGUCACUGGGAAACGUGACGUGACAAUCCGCAGCCGCUCUGUUUUCCUAAGGUGUUUCUUCACUUUGCUGGAUGACGUGUGUGCCGUGUCCCUCGUGUAUCGCUAAAGCCAUAUUUCCAGGCCCGCGGCCCAGCCCCGGGGACUCCAGGAGUGAGCUCGCGGGAGACACGUAUUGUAAAAAAGAGCUUUCUCCGUCUACCUUGACCGGAAUUGGGAUUUUAAAACGAUGUGUCCAUUUGUUUUUUCUUUGCAGAGUUGUUGGGUUUUCUUUCCUCCUCUACUUGCCCAUGGUUGCCCUCUCAUGAGGCUCUUGAAUGAAUAAAAUUAUCAUCUCUAAGAAUUGAUUUGAUACAUUUUGUAGAACGUUAGAGCGAGAUGGUCUCGAGCUCAGCCAGUUCUUGGCCUGACGCACGGGGUGGCCGCCUCCGGGGCAUCGAGUAACAAACAUGCCAGCAAAGGCCACCGUCCGGGCCAGGCGCCGCCCUGACGUCCGCCCGCUGCCUGGACGCGGGCCCAGGCGCUGCGACGGCCGCGGCGACUCGUGUCCAGCUGCCCGGAGCGCACGCGACAAACACCUCAUUGGGAACAGACGUGUCUAAGUGUCCGUGGGCCUUCAAGUGCUGCUAUAGAUUCCACAGAUUUCCUUGCAUGUUUUGAGCUUUUUGUUUGAAUGGACUUUUGCACGAGGAGAACAAGCUUUACCCGUAGCACUUCGUCCGCUCUGUGUCUCCCUCAGGGUGGCCAGUGUUUUGACCUUCAUCCUGCUUGAAAGCUGUUUGAGAUGUGUAACUGCUACCCCGAGCACGUGACUGCAGUCCCUUGGUCUCUGGCGUAAGAUUACAUGAGUUAACGUUAAAUGUCGUGGAUGCACAGAAGAUAAAACGUGGCUUCUCUUAGUCUCGGGUUUUGACACGAGGUCUUGGGUGUCCCUUGACACGUUCUGGGAAGGGGACUCGGUCCCCCAGGCAGCUGUGACGGCCGCUGCCCCUGGGUCCGCCUCCGUCCCUCCAUCCACAGCGUCUGUCUCUUUGUGUCCCCGAGGAAGGUGGCGGGGGGGGGGGGGGGGGGGGGGGGGGGGCCUCAGUGUUCGGAGCAAGUGCUAACUGAAAAGAAAUUGUCCCAGCUGGAAGCAGGAAGGGCCACUUCGUGAGAGGAAAUGCUUCCUGAGAAACUUGACUAGCACCUAUCCGUUGUACCCUUAUGAAAUGUAUCAUUUAAAAAAACAAAAAGUUUAGAUGCCUUCUCCUUUUGAGGGAAAAAGGGUGCUUUUUAUUGUAUAAAGCAGCGUCUUCUGUAUUUUGAUAUACCAUUGUUUGAACUUCCGUCUUUAGCUGAUAGAUUCUCAAAUAUCCUUGAGUUUGGAUGUUCAGUACGUGUGAGAGAGGGUCUUGGGAAGACUCUCUUCUGCCCUCGGUGAAAAGCAAACUGUCCCUUUCUGGGUGACUGUACAAAGCUCAGCCUGUAAGAACACCUUUUCUGUCGCGGUUUUAUUUCUGCUCUUUAUUGAAGACAAACAUUCACCAAAAAGGGGGGGGGGGGGAGUUUUAAUUUUCUUUGACGAGAGUAUUAUUUCAUAUUUUGGCCUAUUAAGGUUUUCCUAGUUAGUACUCCCAAUUCCCUGUGCUGAUUGUUCAACUCCUAUAUGAUUAUAUAGAUACACCGUUUAUCCUGUACCAGACGGAUUUCAAAACUACAACAUUGAAAACAAACUGGUGACUGUUUUUCUUCAUAAAGUCCUGCCUCCGGCAUCUUCACGCUUCCCAAAGUGUAUCUGUACAUCAGAGACGUCACUAUUCCAAGUGUCUUUUUAGUGUGGCUUUAGUAUGGCUUCCUUUUAAUAUUGUACAUACAUUGUAUCUUUGUUUUAUGGUAAUAAGUAAUAAAAAUGUAGACUUCA